AAUUUUCUCAUAUAAUUAAUUCUAAAACCAAUUUUUUGGAAUUUUGCUUCCUCUUCAGGAAAACAACUUUGUUUCAUCAUGGAUAUGGCGGGUCUGAAAGUCGGCGUUAAUGUCGACAUUCAGCGGACCGACGGUCGUAUCCAUUCAGCUGUGAUCAGUGGUGUGAAUCCUGAGAUGAGGAGUGUCACAGUUGAAUGGUUUGAGAAGGGAGAAACCAAAGGAAAAGAGAUUGAGGUGGAAGCAAUAUUUGCUCUAAACCCAGAUCUCCAAACACCUGUGCAACCUGUGCGUGAAAGUCAAUCCUCAAAGAGCUCCAGAAUACCAAAUGCACAGUCUGGAGAUGGACCAAAAGCUGGUAGAAAAGCACCCCUUUCAGCAAAGUCAAGACGUAGCUAUGCUGCCAAUGCCCAGCCAUCUGUAGUAGCACAAAAUGGACAAGCGGAUAAAUCCUCAGACAAAUCAGCAGCAUCAGCUGCAUCAAAGGAUGCUGCAGCUCGCAGGAAAUCUAACUGUGUCAAAGAGGUCGAUAAGAUCCGUUUGAAGAGAGAGGAACGCAGAGCCCAGCAGAUCGCCAUCAAGGAAGAAAGAGGAAAUGAAUACGACCUGAAUGAUCCAAACUGGGAGUUUAUAGCAAUGAUUAAUGAAUACCGUACAAGCUUAGAGUUCCGUCCAUUAACGUCAUCAGAUCCUAUUGUCAACCAUACAAUAUCUGUUUGUGUCCGUAAACGCCCCAUGAACAAGAAAGAAUUGACCAAAAAGGAUGUUGAUGUAAUAACAGUCCCUAACAAGGAAAAUGUGAUAGUUCAUGAACCAAAACUGAAGGUGGACCUUACAAAAUAUCUGGAGAAUCAGAACUUUCGUUUUGACUACUCUUUUGAUGAGAACAGCACAAAUGAGAUGGUGUAUAGGUACACUGCCAAACCGUUAGUGGAGUGCAUAUUUGAAGGUGGAAUGGCUACUUGUUUUGCAUAUGGGCAGACAGGGAGUGGUAAAACCCAUACGAUGGGUGGUGACUUUUCCGUCAAGGGACAGCAGGAUUGUUCAAAAGGAAUUUACUGUUUAGCUGCUAGGGAUGUUUUCAAGUUGCUACAUACCAAAUACAAGAAGCAAGAAUUGGCGGUGGGAGCUAGCUUCUUUGAAAUUUAUAGUGGAAAGGUUUUUGAUCUGUUAAAUAAGAAGCAAAAGUUACGAGUGCUUGAGGAUCACAAACAGCAGGUCCAAGUUGUGGGGCUAAAAGAAGAGCCAAUAUCGAAUCCAGAUGAUGUCCUACGUCUUAUUCAGCAUGGCAACAAUGUUCGGACAUCUGGAACAACCUCAGCCAAUCAGCAUUCCUCUAGGUCUCAUGCAGUAUUUCAAAUUAUCCUCAGACGAAGCAAGUUGAAGCCAACAGCACGACAAAAUCAAGCACCUAUACAGAAUUCAAAUAAGAUUCAUGGGAAGUUUUCACUGAUUGAUUUAGCAGGUAAUGAACGUGGAGCAGACACGUCCAGUGCUGACAGGCAGACAAGGAUGGAAGGUGCUGAAAUUAACAAAAGUCUCCUGGCAUUGAAGGAGUGUAUCAGAGCAUUAAGUAGAAAAGGAGCUCACCAGCCAUUCCGUGCUAGCAAGCUGACCCAGGUGUUGAGAGAUUCAUUUAUAGGAGACAACUCCAGAACAUGUAUGAUUUCCAUGAUCUCUCCUGGGAUGAGCUGCUGUGAACACACACUGAACACACUCAGAUAUGCAGACAGAGUGAAGGAAUUGGGGCCGGGAGGACCUGUAGAAGGAAAGCCAUCAGAGGUAGCCCUUCCCAACAACUACAACCUUGGUGCUAUGUCUCCACAGAACAGUGAUCUACAGAUGCUCAAAACCUCUAAUGAGGAGGUAACAGAUGAAAUGCUGACAUUCCAUGAAGUUGUCAACCAUAUGCAGGAAAUGGAGGAAGAGGUUAUUGAUGACCACAAGUCUAUUAUAGAGAUAACACAGAAAUGGCUCGCUGAGGACAAGAAGCUGUACAAGGCUACAGACGAGGUGGACUAUGAUGUUGAAG